AUGCACAAAUUUCAAGUUAAAUUUUCAUCUAUUAUUGAUGAAUCCAUUGAUGUAGAUGGAAAAUAUUCAAAAAUUAUUGAAAAAGAAUUUGACGGUAUUCUUUUUGAUAGUAUAAAAAAGCGUUUAUCAAUUAUUAAAUUGACAUCUUGUGAUAACGGGUUAAAUGCACUAGUACCAUUGUCGAGCGCAUUAUUUAAAGCAGGUAUAGAAGCAAUUAUUGAUGAUGAUUUAAGUAGAAUAUGUAAUAGAAGUCCUAUAAAAAGAUGGAAUUUAAUGGGUUUACCACCAAUGACAAAUGAUUUAAAAAAAAAUAUAUUUCUUUGUAUUAUAGCAGUUUUAUCAAUUAUUAUAAGAUAUACUAUUAUUUUACCAUGUAGAUUAUUUCUUUUGGUGUCAUCGUUUUUGUUUCUUUUGUUAUCAGCUAUAUUUGGAUUUGUAAAAAAUAUUUCACGUGAAGAAGGAACAUAUAUUUCAGUAACUGCUGGUCGAUUAUAUGCUGCAUCUAUGGGUUAUGUUGGAUAUUAUAAAGAUCGCCAAAAUCAACCAUCUGGUGCUGGGAUAGCUGUAUCAAAUCAUUUAACUGCAAAUGACGUGCAAAUUUUAUGGAGUGAUGUUAAUUAUGAUGUUAAAAAAGGAUAUUCAUUAACAGGACAAAAACAUACAGGUUUAAUUGGUUUAUUAGAAGCAUGUUCCUCAUAUUUUCUUGAUACAUUAUGGUUAGAAAGAUCAGAUAAAAAUCAAAGAAUUGAAUUUCAAAAAAAUGUUUUAGAAGCAGCAAGAAAUAAAAAAUUUAGAACUAUUCUUUUAUUUCCUGAAGGUUAUUGUACUAAUAAUACAAAAGUUUGUCAAUUUAAAAAAUCACUGUUUGUUGAUAAUGUAUGCAUAUAUCCUAUUGCUAUUAAACAAGAUCCAAGAUUAGGAGAUGCUUUUUGGUAUGAAGAUAAUUUUGCAUCAUACACAUUACGUCUACUAACAUCAUGGGCAAUUGUUUAUCAUGUACGUUAUUUACCUGUACAAUUUAAAAAAGCAUCUGAAAAUGAAAUUGAAUUUGCUUGUCGUGUACAAAAACAAAUUGCUAAUGCUGCUUAUAUAGAGUAUGUGAAAGAUAAGUCAACAGAAUUAUUAAAAAAAGAAACAGCUCGUCAAAAACAACUUAAAAUUACAAAAGAAAAAUUUGGACUUUUUAUUACAGAAGAAUUAGAAAAAAUAAAAAAAUCAGAAUCAUCAUAUAUGUAUGACGAUAAAAGUUUUUCUUCUAGGCAUGUUGUAAAACAACCACUGAUAAAAGAUGAAUUUUACACAAAUAUUAUUACAGCAUCAACUCAUUAG